AUGUGGCGAGCGGCGCUGGUCGCUGGCGCGCUGGUGGCACUGGCGGCGCGCGGUGCCGCCGGUGGAUGCGGUGUAGCAGAGCUGGCGUGCCGGAGCGGCACGUGCGUGCGUCUCGAUGCCUACUGCGAUGGCGAAGCGCAGUGCCCCGACGGCAGCGAUGAGCCACCGCACUGCUCGCCGUGCAAUCGCACGUACUAUGGCCGCGUUGGAGUAGCGUACGGCGUGGCACUGCGCGGGGCACCGCGGGCACCUUUCCUGUGUCACCUGACCUUCACGGCGGGCGGUGGCGCGCACGGCGAUCUCGUGCAACUCGCAUUUGACGAGUUCCGAGUGGGGCGCUAUGAAGCGGGCGCCCUAGACGGCUGUCCCGAUGGAUACAUGCAGCUGUCGGAGCUAGGACGACCGUUCACGGGUGGCUCUUGGUGUGGCGCCGCUGAGGGUGUGGCGCUGUACUACAGCGAGACGGCAACGGUGACGGCGUCGCUGAAGUUGUUUCGGGCUCGGCUGGGUGAACCGUUCGCGUUGCGGCUGCGUUACAAGUUCCUCUCGCGCCGCGAUGCCGUGGUGCGUUUCGGUGCGGGCGAGGCACCCUUGGAACGCGGUGCGGUGGCUCCGGGGACAUACUGCACGCGUACCUAUGAGGAAUGUCGCCGCAAGCCGUGCCGCCUGCAGAGUCCAAACUACCCUGGCAUGUACCCACGCAACGUCACCUGCUACUGGAGCCUGCGCCAGAAAGACGUACCAACCUGCAAACACGCCAUGAUAUCUGUCCGGCAAGACCACGCGCAUAAGAUGCAGAUCAAGCGAUCUAUUUCGAUGGCGAGCUUAAACAAAACUGGUCGUGCGGUGGUGGCGUGGCGAGCCUGCACGGGUGAACGCGACCGGCUCAUCUUCUACGACGGCGCCAGUACCGACGACCCCGUCCUACUGGAGUACUGUGGUGGGGACUUGCUCCCGCGAGUAGCUUCUCGUGGCCCCGACAUGCUCGUAGCUUUUCAUUCCUCGCCCUUCAGCGCGCCGCCUCGCGCCGCUCCACCUCUUGCACCAUUACGGGGCUUCGAGCUCGAUGUGCAUGUAAUAUUUGCUGAUUCAGAUUCGCUCGACUACGCCAGAGAGGCACGCAGGUGCGAGUUUCACGUGAAGGCCUCGUCGUCCGACGAGGAAUUGAACGGAACCUCUUCGUCCGCAUCUAGUCGAGGCCGCCGUGGGCUCAUACACGCACCGACUCAUACUUUGCCACCGAACACCACGUGCACCUGGACGUUUCACGGCCGCCCCGGGGAUCUCGUGUGGAUCUAUUUCUCGAGCUUCACGCAGUACUCGUUGGUGGACAGCCGCCGCACGGAAAGUAGCGCAACAGAUCGGGAGGAAGAUAGGGCGGCCUGUUCUGUGGAGUUACGGAUCUGGGACGGAGGCGGAGCAGACGGCGGAGGCGGAGCAUUACUCGGCCGCUACUGUGACGUUGCACCCGCGCUUUGCGCUCGCGCCGCACUUGCCAACGCCACACGCGUGCCUCGCCCGUGCGCACCUCCCGACGGCUACGUGUCUGCCGCUUCCCUGCUCUCCAUCGCGGCUACCACCCGCCCGGGCACCGCUACACAUCCGCUAGCUUUCUCGCUGCAUUACGAGUUUAUCGACGCCCGUCUGGAGGGGGUGCCUCUGCCAAUCUCUGAGACUCGAGUUCGCACCGAACCGACCGAGUGCGCUCGUAGGUUGCUCGCACCCGGGUCGUUUACGUCACCGCGCAACGCACUGUGGUUUGGGCGCGGUGGAGCGCGCCGUCUGCGCUGCGUUUAUAGAUUGCAAGCGGAUGGCGGCCGCGUCGAGCUGAGUGUUCUCGCGGCGGCGUUCGGCCGCGAUCCGCGAUGCGCCACGAGGCUCGAUCCUCUCACGGGGCGCCCGAGCUGCACGCCGGAACCGUCUGAUCCGCCCGAUGUGGACUCGCGGCCCGUCGACCUUUUGCCAGAUUUCGAUGAUGGUGACGAUGAAGUUCCAUCGUAUUUGCCACAUCUUCGAAUCUACGAAACGCCUUGGCCGGGUUAUCGGGUGCCUUUGGCGUGCAUUUGCGACAACAGUAGCACGCCAGUGAGUCUAGCGUCGGGUGGACCAGCCUUGGAGCUGGAGCUGGUGGCGGGAGCCUUGUUGGCGGGAGAAGACCAGCGUCACGUGCAUUUCGCAGCCGACUGGCGCCGUGCUACCGCUCCCGCCUCCUGUGCCUCACGCCGACGUUUGGCCCCACCCGGUGGACAUUUGAAUCUCUUCUUCCCUUAUAAUUCCAAUCGAAUGUCUGAAUGUGGCGAGGCGCCAUUUCUUCUGAUCGCACGGGGCAAUCGGUCGGUUUACCUACGCGUUUGGGGUUACGAGCUGCCCAAUGUCUCGGGGAUCAACGACGGCAACGGCUGCCACACUGUCAACAGGGUCCUCGUGUACGACGCUCACAGUUCACGGUUGGUGAAAGCGAUCUGUCCCGGCGACGCGGAGGGUCCAGUCGUCCAAGUCUACAGCCCGGAAUGGGCGGCAAGGGGCGCGGGGCGUGAAGCCAGUCUGCUCGUGGUGUGGGCGGCGCGCGAAGCUGGCUCGGCGACCCUCGCCUGGAUGGAGGUGUGGCGAGCUGCCGGCGGAAACGCGUCUCUGUGUGCGCGCCCUUGUCCCUCACUCGCCGCCUGCAUGCCCUCCGCGCUAUGGUGCGACGGCGCGCCGGACUGCCCCGGCGGCGCCGACGAGGCAGGCGCGUGUGGAGCCGGAGCUCGACUGCUGGCGGCCCUGGGUGCCCCGGCUGCCGCGGGAGCUGCGGGGGCUUCGGCGGCGGUGGCCGUGCUGGUUCUGCUGGCGGCCGUGGCGCUACGUAGACGGCGCGCCCGUCGGGGCAAAGAGCUGCUAGGCGCGGCGGCGGCGAAUCGUGGCCGGCGGCUCACGGAAGAGUUGCUGUACGAUAGCUCGCGUGCGUCUUCGCUGGCGUCCUGA